CAUCCCUUCUGUAGGGUUGUAAUGCAUCACGGGGCAAUCGCAAGUUCAAGGCGGAGAGCAGAGGCGCUGGGCCCACUGCUCGCUGUGUGUGCAUUGUCACCGCCAGCGUUCGUUCGCCUGCUGCGUCGUCGCAGACCAGACUAGGCCAGGCCAUGCGCGACAGUCAGACAGCCAGCAGCCGUGAGAGCAGAGCCCGCGUUCCCGUUGGCACCCUUGACGCUUUCGCAGCAGCGCAUGCGACCCAACGCCCUCGGCGCUGGCUUCACUACCAUGUCCGCGCAAGGUGAUCCUGGGCCUCGGUCCAGCAGCCGGCUCGCCCACGCCGCGGUAGAUAGUGGCGCUACCCCUCCUGCCGCCGACGAUGGGCAGUUGCACCCCCACUCGCAAGCGGACCGCUGGCACCAGUCCAGGGAGCAGCCGCCGCUGCUCGAUGCACCCACGCCUGGCGGCGCUUUGGAAGACCCAGAUACGCCCGCUGAUGCAUCCUCAUCCUUAGCAGCCACAGCAACCGCAGCCGACCCGUAUUGUGCAUCGCCGCAACAGCGGUCGACGCGGCAAGCGUCGUACGACUUGCCCGCCACAGGCGUGUCCAGGCGCGCCAGCUCGACCGGCGACAGCUGUGAGCGCACAGACUCGCUGAAGGCUGCUGGAGAUCGAACUGGCACUGGCAUCGGCAUCGGACGCCAGAUGGGCCAGCUGAGCAUCAACGAGGAGGACAAGGACGUGCAGAUCGCCAUCGCCGCGCUAGGCAGCAUGCGCCAGUCGCAUUCGCACAGCGACAACCAGAGGCAGUCACACAAGAAGCGAGCCGUUGGCGAGGAUGAAGGUCUGCCCGACUCGUCGUCCUCGUCAUCCUCAGUCCAUGACCGCCCCCAGUUCCACCAUUCCGCGCCAGUCUAUUAUGACGCCCCCUCGAACGUCGCAGGUCCCAGCAGGCAUGCAGCGCUGCUGUCCGAUACGCCUGCCUCUGUCCCAUCGUCUUCGCUGCGCAGCGAGGUACUCUCCGAACGCACUGCCCCCCGCUCCUCGCGGCAUGCUUCGCCGCCGUCUAUCGACUCGUCCUCCGGCGGGACGACCCUCGAAGCCAUGUCCUCCGUCCGCGGUGGACGAGGCGGCAGCCGCGCUCGUAGCGGUCACGACAGUGGCGGAGGGGGGACCGGCACGGGUUCGGAGAGCGCGCACCCGACGACCGCCUUCACGAUCGACAGCUAUGCGCGCGGCGGCGCUGGCGGCAAGCACUCCACGACCGACAGCCAGGCGGGCUCCGACUCGAACUCGACGACGACGACGCGCAGCAGCACCGCAUCCGCGAUCGUGCACGAUGACGAUGGCAACCCGGUGCGCAUCGAGCUAGAUUCGGACGUCCUUGCGCACGUCGACGGCGACGACGCGGACGACGACGCGUUCCUGCAGCGCGUCGGAAAGUUGCCGAUCGUCCGCGGGACGCUGCGCGCGUACGAGCUGGGCAAGCAGAAGAGCAGGGUCGUCAAGUACGGUGCCGACCUCGUUGAGUCGUCCGUCAAGAGCAUCUCACGGCCGGUCAUCAGCCGCGUCGGCGGCGCGCUCGGCGAACAGGGCGUGCAGCAGCUGGACAACUUCGCGAGCCGGCAGCUGGAACGCAUCUACCCCGCUCUCCACUCCAACCCCUCCACCGCCGCGCUCGGCCGCUUCUCGCCGACCAAGGAAGAGAAGGCGGAGAUGCUGGCCGAGGUUGAGGAGCGCGAGCGCACCGAAUGGCAGCACAUGGACGACGAGGAGAAGACCAAGCGCCGCAAAGCGUACUGGGCCCUCAAGCUCGAGGAGAAGGAGCGCGAGAUGGUUGUGCAGAAGCUCCGCGAGCAGCAGAGCCGCAUCGCGAUCAGUUCCAGUGCAUCUCCGGGCGCAAGCGCAGGAAUAGGUGUACCGAUACGGAUAGGCCUCACCGCUCGCGAUGGACCCGGCAGCAGCGCCGAGGCGCUGCAGCAAAUACACGCCGAGCGCCUCGCGGCGGGCAAGCGGCUGGAGGACCUGCCGGCGGAGGAUAUAGUGCGCGUCACGUCCGAUCAGCACGGGCCUUCGCCUUCGCCAUCGCCCUCCUGCUCUUCCUCACUUGUUUCGGCCACAGAGAUGAAGCGGAAGUUGUUCAAUGAACACAGCGAGCUACAUCCAAAUCAGGCGCCACAUCUCAGCAGCUCUCUCAUCGCGACUGCGGCCCCACAGCAACGGUCAGGGUGGUCAGGCAUGCUCGCCGAAGCCGGUGUCACUGCUGGUGGCCUGAGCGCCGCCAUGAGUGAGGAGAGCUUGAAGAGUUUAAAGUAUUGUCUGCAGUGGCUCCAGUACGCUACCGCGCACAUGGAGCACCAAAUCACGCAGCUGCGCGACCUCAUCGUCAAGCUCAACCACGGCGAGCUCGACAUGACCGUCCACGCCGGCCAGCACCUGGGGCACAUUAAGGGCGACGUUGUCAACACCAUCCGUGGCGUCGUAGAUGUCGUUGGCAAAUACGCGGGCGCUGCGCUACCCGGCGCAGCGCGCAACAAGGUCCGCGAGUUCAUGCUCAGCCUCCCCGCCCGCUGGGCGACCGUCAACCGCACGCACUCUUUUGCGCCCGGCAGCGCUUCCGCAGGCAGCUUUGGUGGCAGCCCCGCUUCGCCCUCCUUCUCCCCGGAACAUGCGACCGCCGGCAGGAGCGGCAGCACGGCCGACGCCGACAGCGGGCGAAGUAGCACCAACGGGAGUGCCACCGGCUCGUCAGCGCCAAGCGCCGGGCGCAACCCGCAAGCGGCACACACGGCCAUGGCGGCCAACAAGGUACUGACGCUCGCCGUCGAGAGCCUCGACAUCCUGCGCAGUGUCACAGUCGUCUUUGGCGAGUCGCUCGACCGCGCCGAUCUGUGGAUGGGGCGCCUCCGAUACCUUGGCCUACAGCGCAAGCGCCAACACGAAGCCGCCGUCGGCCGCAUCGAGGUCAGCGUCGUCGGCGACUGGGAGCGCGGCGGCGCCGUGCACUCUCGUCCUCACGAGUAUGAGCACAGCGGCGGCAGCGGCGCAUCGGCACGCGCCAGCUCGCCGGGCGCCUACUCGGACGUCUCCAUGGCGAGCGGAUCCUCUAAGCGCCGCAAGCGCUCACGCCGCACGCAGGCGCGCGAACGCGAGCACCAGUAUCAGCAGCACCCGCAUCGCCACCACUCCCAUCAUCACCAAUCACGCAAGCCCGACUCGGCGUCCGAAGAUGGCAACCUGACCGAGACGGAGCGUGCGACAGAAUACAGCGCCGACCUCCCCAUGCCGAUCUACAACUCUACGACUGCCGCCAACACCCCCGCGCCUGCUUUCGCGCCAGGGACCGGUAGCAGCAGCGCCUACUCGCACGGCCCGGCACCCGCCUCCUCCUCUGCCGCUGUGCAUUGGCGUAAGAACAACCGAUCAGCCACGGCCGCUGCUGCGGGCAAGGCUGCGGGCAGUGGCGCUGGCGGCGCGCGGUCUCGACCGCCUUCCACGCCCGGCACGCCGAACCUCAGCAACUCGGCGUCCCUGCAUCCCCAUUGAUGGUUCCGACCAUUCUCCUCGCUCCAGGACCUGCGAGCACCGCCGUGCUCACACGCUCACACACUCUCCUUUACAUGCAAGAGAAAACAAGACGUCUUUCUCCUUCGGCACCCUCCCCCGGUCUCUGCGUCUGCGGCUUGCCCGUUCUACAUACCUGCCUCCAACUUUCGUUGCAACGUGUGCCAUCAAUCUGAGUCGUCGUUUGCUCGCUUCACGUCAGUUCACCAGGCACACUCUACCACAUGUACUGCAUCCCCCCACCCCAUUCAUCCUGAACGGUUCGUUUCACGCUUAA